AUGUACGGCGCGAAAGGAAUGUGCAACAAUUGGUACGCUAUUCUUGAUGUUCAAUUCUUCCUCACAAUAUUAGUUGUUGUCUACUAUUCUUACAUUCUCUACGUGAUUGCAUCAUCAGAAUCUCCUAUAUUCCGGACCGCAUUUUUCCGAAUUUAUCUCGUUACAGGUGUCUCCGACAUAUUAGGCGUUAUUGUACUAGAAUGGACUCAUGCAGAGUUGAAAUUCACUUUAGGUAAUUUUUAA